UUUAAUGGAGUUGGAUGUAUAGCUGUUACAAGAAUGGUUCAGCUUCGAGAUGGGUCUCGCAAGUGUAAAUGGAUUACUUCCAAUGUUUUGAUUCCAAUUUGCAUUACUGAUUUUCUACGAAUUGCCAUUUACAUAUAUAACGAGCGUCCGGAAAGAUUAGCGUAAUUAACCCAGAAAAGAUGACCCCGGCGUGUUCUCAGUUAUUGGUGAAAAUAUACAAUUGAUUGAAAUGAAUCUUAUGUAGAUUCACGAACGCUGUUUGAUUAUAGAAGAAAAAAACAAUACAGUACAGAGCUAAUAUUUAUGUAAGAUAACAUUGUGUAUUCUGUACGUGAAGCAGUUCCGUGCUAGGAGAAUCUCUAUAUAGAAUGAUGGUCAUUGGUCACAUUAUCGGAGUUGUGAACAAACUGGAGUUGCAGCAUGGAUAGGUGCAGUCGACGUCUAUUUUAACGAUGCUCCGUGUCACAGCUCACUGGGAGAGAUAUGGAUUUACAUCUAUUGGAAUUUCCUUGUAAAUAGAUGUCGUUGUACACAAAUAGUGAAUGGAUUCUUCGUCUAUUGAUUCAUUAUAUUUGCUAUAAUGGAAUUUAAUACUCUCCGGAUUUGAGAAAUUUGUAGAGCACAUCAGUGAUCUGGAAUUUAAUAUGACAUCAUUAAUCAUGGUGGCUUUACGGCAAUGUUGGAUGGUUGUGAUUUUUAACAUAUUAGCGGUGUGCCGAGGUUUUCAAUUUGAGGGAUCUUCCACUAGUUUUUCUAAAUUCUCUCCAUGGACUCCCUGCCAUAAUGGGACGAUAGAGUUCGAGUUUAAGACACAGCUUCCCAACGCUUUAAUGUUUUAUACGGACAGUGGUAAUGCGCAGGCUAAUGAUGAUUACUUUGAAUUAAAACUUGUAGACGGUAUUAUGUAUCUACUUUUUAAGCUCAACAAAGAAAAUGAUAUGAUGACCUCAGUUAUGGGUAACCUAAAUGACAACGAAUGGCAUUCAGUAAAAUUGAUGCGGGCUGGCAGACAGACAACGCUUAUCGUUGAUGAACAAACGUUAGUGAAAGAACAUGUGAACUAUGACAGCGAAUAUCAGACAUUUGACGGGACAUCAAGUAACUACAUAUUUGUAGGAGGUCUUCCAUUGGAGUACAAUACCCAAUUAGAAAAAUUGGCCCAUUCACAGGUUAUGUUCGAACCCCGACUUAGCGGUUCGGUGAGGAACCUUUUUUACAGCAACUGCGGGAAAGAGAUGGUGACCCCUGACCUGGUGGACAGCGAUGGGCUAGUUGUGGGGGAGGAUCGUUGUCUCCGUGACAACCCCUGUCUCCACGGCGGCAUCUGCGUGGUCAGGGAUGACGGAAUCAAGUGCGACUGCUCCUACACACAAUUCAACGGAGAACACUGUCAAAUGGAGAGGCAGGCAGUGGAAGCAAUGUUUAAGGGGAUGCAGUACCUGACCUAUGACCUCACACAGCGAGGGGACCCAAUCUUCAGCGCAAAUGACCAUCUCAGCCUUUACUUCAAAACUACGCAGUCCAAUGGCCUACUCUUCUUUACUGGUGAGAGUAAUGACUACAUGACGGUGACCUUGAAGAAUGGGGCUGUGCAGGUUGCCAUGGAUCUUGGCUCCGGCAAGUUUGAGGACACCGCAGAUAUGGGCGGCUACAAGCUGGACGACGGUCAAUGGCACCACCUCAAGGUGACCAGGAACACUCGACAGGUGUCCUUUGGCCAAUCAUUUUGUGAUGUGUUUGUGGAUGUCGACGAUUUCCGUCGCGUAAUGGGGAUGACCCAAGGAGAGUUCACAAAGCUCUCAUCCAAUCAGCUUUUCCUGGGUGGGGCACCUGACCCCGCCCGACUCCCUGGAUCAGAUAUAACGUCAAACUUCCAGGGAUGCAUGAAACAGGUGGAGUUCAAAGCUGACAGCAUAUCGCUGGAACUGAUAGAGCUUGCAAAGGCAGACCACAAUCUCAUUUCCGUGAUCGGUGACGUUAUUUUUGGUCAGUGUGAGGAUGUUGUUGAGUCCCAGCCCGUUACUUUCAUGACUCCUGAAUCAUUCAUUGCAAUGCCGAAAUGGGACAUUAAGAAAAAGAACGGCACCAUAUCAUUUCAGUUUAGAACUACAGAGCCUGAUGGCUUGAUCAUGUACAACAGUGCGCAAUAUGGCUCAAGUAAUUUGGAUUUCUUUGGUUUGGAGAUUAUUGAUGGUCACUUUUACCUGGUGAUGGCUUUAGGGACAGGUGCAAUAAAGGAGAAAAUAUCUCGAAAUAGGGUGGAUGAUGGCUUACCUCACACGGUUUACCUCAUGUACCGAGGCAAGACUGGUUUGAUACGGAUCGAUUCCCAUGAAUACGACUACCUAACUCCCGGAAUGGGGAUGGAGUUAGAUCUUGAAGAUAUGCUGUUUGUUGGUGGUCUCGACUUUGAACGUUAUAAUGCUUACCGGCUACCAAAGGAGCUAUGGUCAGGAAUCCUAAAGCAGGGGUAUGUGGGCUGUCUGCAAGACCUGAAGAUCAACAACGAUAAGGUGGACUUGAUGAUGGUUGCCCGGAAGCAGCAUCAGAAGGACAUACGGAACGAGUGUCGCAAACUCGAGCCCCAGUGUUCUAGCCAGCAGUGCAUGCAUCGCGGCACCUGCACUGAGGGGUGGAAUCGCUACAUCUGCGACUGCCGUAACACCUCGUACAGGGGGCGCAACUGUGAACAUGCUGCAACCACGCUGUCAUUUGACGAGGCUCAGUAUGUGCUUGUGACAUUGCCGGAGGAGACGAGUACCGAGGCAGAGGACAUCUCGCUCAGAUUCCGCACCAUUAAGGCCCGUGGGCUGCUGCUUCUCACGCGGGGCACCAUGACGGAUGAUAGCAUUGAGCUGUUCCUUGAACGUGGGGCAUGUAAACUAACCAUCAGCCUUGGGCCUCGGUCUCGGACACUAUCAGUGGGUCACAACCUUAAUGACAAUGCCUGGCACACGGUGUUCAUCAAGCGCAGCGGACAGAAGGUGGAAUUCUGGGUAGACACCAGUGGCCAUGUUAUAGAUACAAUAGCCCAGGUGGCGAUCACGUUGAAGGUGAAGAAGAUCUUGCUGGGGUCUGUCAGUCCUCUUCUCUCAGGCACACAGAGUCUGUCAGAGGAUUCAAUGAUGAUGAAUGACGCGCCAGUGCCCUCAUAUACAUUCUUCGUUGGUGAGAUGCAACAGUUUGUAUACAAUGGGAACCACUUCUUUGACACUGCACUGGAGAAAACUGUUGAAAGCAUUGAGGUUACUUCCAGGUUUGACCCAGGGGCCUCCCUGACGAGGGACGCAGUGACCUUCCAGUCUGGACAAUCAUACGUCGCCCUGCCCCAUCAGAUCUUUGAACCCAACAGCCUUCACUUUGCUCUCUCGUUUGCCUUUAAGACACGCCAGAAAUCCGGGCUCCUGCUGUACAGCGGGCUUAAUGGGCCAGACUUCCUUGCCUUGGAGCUCAUGGAUGGAUACUUGUUCUACAUUUAUGACAUGGGUGGAGGAUCCAAGCGUACCUUAGUUAAUACACCAGAGCCGCUGAAUGACGACAAGUGGCAUGAUAUCUCUCUGUUCCGGCCCCAGUUAGACCAGCAGCAGAUCCGUGUAGACAGUAACCCCGCCACUGUGGAGGACAUGAAGGGUUACCCUGCUCGCCACUUUGACCUCAAGGGUCCGCUCUAUGUGGGUGGGCUGCUUAAGACACGUUACUACCAGCUGUCGAUGAAGAUAUCAUCCCGUAAUGGCUUCCUUGGUUGCCUUGCCUCCCUGGAUAUUAAUGGGAAGAGGAUUGAUAUCCUUGAAUCCGCCACUAACAAGGACGUAUUGGCUCAAAACCCUGUAUCCCGGGGAUGCUCAAGUUCUGCGGCGACAUGUGACACGAACUCUUGUGCCCACGGUGGUCGAUGUGAGCAACAGUGGAACUCCUACGUGUGCAACUGUGAGAUGACUACAUACACCGGCUCCAGAUGCAUGGAUGAGAGCAUCACUUACGAGAUUGGACUUGAUGACGGUCUGAUAGCGUAUGAGUACCCAGGUAAUGACCAACCAACCACGAAGCAAGACUACCUCGCAAUCGGCAUUUCUACAAUCCAGAAUGAGGCUUCCAUAUUGCGAAUUGACAGUGCUGAGACUAACGACUACAUCGAGAUGGAACUGGUGAAUGGUAACAUCUUUAUGGUGUACAAUAUGGGACUAGAAGACAUUCCCGUGGUCACCCUGGAGCAGGCGGUAAACGACGGGCGCUAUCACGUCAUCAAGUUUGUACGCUCUGGGGCCAACGCCUCUCUACAGGUUGACUGGGAGAAAAGGAAUAAAAACCCCAUGGGCCAGAAGAUGACAGUAUUCAACAGCCAGGCGCGUGUGAUGAUUGGAGGAAGGCUUGACAGUCAUGGGAGAAUCUCCAAAGCCUUUCAUGGCACUGUCUCAGGUUUGGUGUAUAAUGGAGUCCGUAUCCUGGACCAGCUGAAGCAUGGCGACCCACGUGUCCGGUCUGAGGGCGAUGUCAGUCUUGUACAGAGAGAACAGCCAGUACAGACCCCGCCCCAGCACGUAGAGGUACAUACAGAGGGGGAGCCCAGCAUGCAGUCAACACAGGGGGUCAAGGAGAAACUUAACAAAAGAUCAACCAAUGAAAUUGAAGAAAACUCUGCGCGUCACAGAAAGAAGAACAAGCAUAAGGAGUUUGAUGCCUAUUACACAUACUACCAUCAGAAGGCCAACCUGGUGGACCGGGAUAGUCGUGAACCACGAUAUGUAGAGCCUGUGGUUCCAAAUGAAGUGCGUCCGAAAACCCUCCCUGCCCCUGCUGUGUAUCCAGUGCAUGGAAACUCUGCUAAAGUCAGCCCUUAUCACACCAAUACAACACCUGUCCCCUCCCUGGGGCCCAUUCUUGACACAGGAAUUCCCAUGGGUGGGCGAGUGGUUGAUCACACCAUUGGUGGAGACAUUUUCAGCACUGAGAACCUUCAGUCUUUCCAAGAUACUGAGAAUGAUGAUACUGAAUUCCAAAGCUCUGGCUAUAGUUCUGUUGAAAGCUUUGCUGAAAAACUUCUUAGAAAGAUUUCUAUAUGGAAAAAGAAGAAGACUAAACAUAAACAUUGGAAAACAAAGGCUUCUGCAACAUUUCCUUUUCAAAUUACAAACAGUCACAUUCCAAGUUCCGACAAUUCAGUGCCAAAAAUUAGUGUAGGGAAGUUUCAAAGGCCACCAUUCGCCAUUGAUGAUCGGCACAACAGGGUUUUGUACCCAAAGGACCGAGGUAAAUCUUGGAGACGAAGGCGACCACACAAACAUUCCAGCAGCACCACUCCACGUCAGGGGGUGACAGAUGACAUCAUUUUCUCAGGCCAGGGGCCAGACUGUUUCAAUGUCGAUGAAGAGUGUUUAACAACGUCAGAUGAUGAUGACAUAAUAACACCAAACAUCAUCAUCACUCGCUUAACAACACCAAAACCAGAACCAAGCGAAAGUAGUGGGAUACACAAUGAAACAUGCAAAGACUGUCAACCCCAAGGUACGGAACUUGAUCCGAACAUAAACAUGGACAACACAACUUACAACAUCGCUAGACCUCGCCCUGAUGUAACACUCACGAACAGAUCAGCUUCUGAAAAAAGCUCAACAGAAAAGGACCAUUUUAACAUAUUUCUUGCUAUCUGCAUUGCUGCAGGUGUUAUUGUAAUUGCUUUGAUUUUAGCUGUAUUGUUGUACCGUUUUCGACGCCGAGAUGAGGGAACUUAUCGCGUUGACGAGAGUCAAAAUUUUGCUUAUCUAGAAGCUAAAAAGCAGCAGACAAAUGGUGCUGCGGUCACUAGUGUUGGCAAUGGGAAGACUAGUGGUAAAAAGCGGGAUGUUAAAGAGUGGUAUGUAUGAUAUGAGGACAUUGAUUCAUGCGUGGAAAAAAGUGAUUUUUGAUGAGGUUCUAGUGCCAUGUUUUGAGUGUGCCAAUUUAAGCUAAUAAAAUGUCGAAUACUUUAAAGUAUAGGCAGAGUUAACUCUUAUUUAUAAAUAAAUAAAUAUCACUUGUUAACUUAAGUUAUUAAAAUGAAGGAGAGAUGUUGAAGAGAAGUACAAUGAACAUUACUGAGGUGCUCCAUAACGGAUACUUACCAUAUAUAUAUAUAUGAUUCUAGGGUUUGGGGCAGUAAGGUUUCAAGUAAAGUAGCACUGCCACGGAGAAGCUUAUUUUUUCAAUGCUUUUUAGAAAGAAUGCCUCUGAGAUUAUUUUGCUAGAGGUACAAAAAUGUACAGGUAGACAGUAACUGUUGCAGUAUUUUGAAAUAUUGCAGCUUUAGAUAUUUUUGAAGGGAAACAUUAUUUUCCACAUAUGGGUCAAUAAGGAUCUAGUCAACGUUGAUGUUUGUGGUGUGGUAACUAUGGCUGUAAAUGAAACUGCAAAAACAGUUUGAUGUUGUGUUAAUUUUAGAAUUGCUGGGCAAUUCUUUCUUACAAAUCGCACAUAUUGAAAGUGCAUUAUAUUAAUUAAUGAAUGUAACACUAAUUAAAACAAUGCCCAUAUAAAAUGCUCUAUAUUAUUUAUUUUAUAUUUCAUUGUUUCAUGUGUAGUCUUGAACCAAUAGUUGGUGGAUUACUAGAAUAACUAAAGCUGAUCUUUUCAUGAUAAAUUGUACUUUAAAAACGAUACAAAUAAUACCUUUUGAAUAUAAUACAUGUUUUUGAAAAAGAAAUCUAAAAUUGUUUAAAAUCAUUAAAAUAUCACACCAAUUGAUUGAUAUCUAUUUUAUAUUGUUACAACAGACAAUUGUAUACAUAGGAAUACUUAUGUUUGUAAGGCCCUCCUAAAAAAUUGCAGCUUCCUCUGUCAGAUAUGCUAUCACUCAGGGGCCCUUACUACAUCCAGUGAUGGCUUUGGUUAUUUUUAUGUACAACACUGUAUGUACAUGUAUUGUAAAUUCUGGGACAAAUUUGUCGCAGCUUUGUGUUCAUGUUGUGUCAUGAUCGAAAUGGCCAUACUACCAUGUGUUUCAUUGACCUAUACCACAUGUUCAGUAAAACAUUUUUAUUGAUAUCUAAAUUAAAAUUAUUUCAUUUUUGUAUUUAUUUGUGUCAUGCAUAGAGAUUAAAUCGUGUUUGAAUAUGUGAGUGUAGAUUUUGCUUAUUUAUUUUGUACAUAAAUAUGUAAUUUGUCUACAAUGUUGUCUAAAAUGCUUGUUUUAAAACAAACAGAUGUUUAGUGUCAACUGUUAUUUAUUUCUUUUACUGUGUUUAGAGUGAUUUUCUAUACUGUGAUGCAACCAUGUUAAUAAAUGAUCAA